AUGUCUGACUUAGCUGGCUCAGCAAUUGCACAGGGGCCGUUUGUUGGCCGAAUCGAUUGUUGGUCAGAGUGGAGACCGACGAGUGAGGAACCGCUCUGGUUACUUCUCUCAGGAGCUACUGAUCCACCAAAAGAAAUUGGAAUUUCUAAGAGAAGAACUCGGGAUGUUCAAGGAGAUAGGAAUGGCGCGUUUUUAGCUGGUGUGACUCGUGAUUUAGUUAACAUGGAAGACGUGGUUGGAACAAAGCUGUUCAACACUGUUAAAGAUCUUUAUCUAACUAAGAAGGCGGCUCUCGGACAUAUCACAAGGCUCUUUGAAAAAUGCAAGCACACGAAGGCCCAUCCUAUGCUGUACUAUACAGGGCAUGGUGAGAUUGGUACUGGAAACUGGUGCUUUGCGGAUGGGACAAUCAGUAUCCAAGAGAUUUUUGACAUGUUGCCUGGAGGCUGUUAUUACCCAAUGAUCUUCAGUGAUGCCUGUUACAGUGGCCACUGGGCAAAUUUCUGUCUGGAGAAAGGUAUUUCUGGUUUCCACUGUCUUGCAGCAUGUCCGGAGUAUUCGACGGCUUUUGAUACCAAAGGUGUGUAUGUUUUACAUUCUUUAAUUAAUCUGAAAUCAAAACUAUUAUGUUUACAUUACAGCGGUGUAUAAUUAGAAGGAAGGUAUUGUGCAAAAGGUGUUUCGAUAUAGGAUACGAGCUGGACGCGCUAGGCACUACGCACUCGGCUACUAUACGCGCUUCGUUAUUAUUUUUAAGAAAGCCGUGAAGCUUGCGAGGAAGAUUUAGUGCAAUUUUCCAUUGUUUUAGAACCAGCAGUUAAUUGGCUGCGGCCGCAUCAGGGGAAUUAAUUGAACCAGUUUUUAUUGAAUAAUUAACAAUUAUUCUUUGAAAUCGAGUUAAUUAAUAUUCCCAAAGCCACUAUUCAACGAGAUUGAAAAGAAUAAUUUUUUUCAGUAAAUACACACGAAGUGAUCUCGACAAAAUCACAAAGGAUUCAAACAAUUAAAAAGUACGAUGGAUCAAAUCAUGCGUGAAAAUUUUGCAAGUAACUAAUUAAAAUACAUGCUCGAAAGUUAGAUCUUUGCAGAAUAUUCAAACAUGGCAAUUCGCAAGUUUCUCACUUCUCAGACAACAGCGUAAUGGCUUAAAUGGAACCGUUAAAAGUUUGAACUGUUUUCUUACCCGAGAAGAAAAGUAGUGUUUUGUUAUUUUCUGUUAACGCGCCAACUUUAAAGCUAAAAAAGGUUUGUUGCUUCUGACGACACUGCGGCGGCUCGUUUGCUCGAGGUAAGGCGUCGUUUUCCUGUAGCAUUUUUUGUCCUAAUCACUUGAAACGUAGAGGUUGUGCAAAUAUUUGCUGUUAUCUUUGUUUGUCAUAAAUAAACUUCGAUUUUCGGGCAAUUUUUUUUUCUUGUCUGAAAACGCUGAGUUCACGAAAGGGCCUCUUUGACUCGAAUAAACGCGAGAGUUUAAUAAACAGUCCAUCGAGUAAAAAAUUCAGCUAUAACAGUAAAUGGAAAAACCUCAUUUUGAAUCCUUCGAAUUCUUUUCUUGCCUUAAAAAAAGUCAAGCCUAGGAUUUUGAUGACUUUUGAAAGAUCGUUUUCUCGAAACAAAAAUAGGAAAAGCGCCGAGCUCACCCAUUAUCCACUCGCUCGGAGGUGAAUAUAGUCCGAGAUAGCGAACCAAUCAGGGCCCAGUUGCUCGAAGCAUGGUUAGCGUUAACCAGCGUUUAAUACCUUGACAACGUAUUGGUUUUGAUACUGCUCAACCAAUGGUUAAAGCUAACCAUGCUUUGAGCAACUCAGCCCUGAUUGCUUAAAUCACUAAUAUCACUGAGUGUGUGUAUAUACUAACGAACGAAGUUGUUUUUUAACCCUAGUAAUAGAGCAAUAUAUGAAAAGAAAGCCCGAUGUAACCAAACCUCGUGAUAGCGAACAAAUUUUGCCAGUAUUUUGGCCCUUUGUUAUACGACAUUCCACACUAUAACGAGGUUUCGUUAUUUCGAGGUUUGACUCAGAGGUGAAGAAAAUCGUUCUUUGUUCCGAUGACUUCGUUAAAUAGAGGAUCGUUAUAUCAGGGUUCCGUUCUACUGACAUUAUGCACUGUUCAAAUUAACUCGUAGAUCAAGGAGGGGAUCUAACACUGUUCAUGACUGGAAAGAAACUACGCCCAAGAACAGAGCCCAUGUAUAGUGGCGGAAAUUUAAAUGACUUCCGCAUAACCAAUGGAUAUGAUACAGUCGAUUACACUGAUUUUAUCAGUAGCCAUAUUCAUUUUAAUAGUCAAGACAUUUUGAUUUCCCAGAGCGUGCAAAAUGGCUUCUUCUCAGGAAUUUUUGCGAGUUCAGAACUUUACAAUCCAAGACCUACCACAAGUUGGGGAAUUGGAAGUAACUACGACCAGUUUCUUGUGCUCACUAAUGAGGAAUGUAAAUGGGUGAAUGGUAAGUCAAAGGUUAUCUACUCCCUUGCCUGUGAUGAACAGUUUGGGUUCGGAGUGUUCUUCAUGGAAGGCUAUGGUACAGAUCAAUUCAUUUUAAGAAACACGGAUGAUAUAAAGGAGAAAUGGGAUGAGGGUUUUAAGAUUACUUCAUGUUCUGCCCUAAAUUCAACUUUUUACAUCAUCAUGACAAAGGACACUAAGGAAUACCAUGAAAAACCGCAGAUAUGGUUUACACGUAGUACCUGGAAAGAAACAAAUGAUGAAAUACAGGAGGGAUACCAUGAAGGAAAAGCUAUCACUGGAAUAUGUUAUUCCAGUGGGCUGAAGCUGUAUUUUGUUGUGAUGACAGCCUCAAUGGGAAGACAGCGCUCCAGGUGGUUCGACAAGACUGAUACAAUAGCCAUGGGUGAUUGGGAAAAUGAGAAAUAUGAUCAGGGAUUCCAUCCUACUAUCAUCUUCAAGGAUCCAACUGACAACAAAACUUUAAGUGUGAUGACUGAGGAUAAAAAUAGAUCGAGUUAUUUAAGUCGGGAUGGCUAUAAAUUAAGGUAG